AGCAUGGCGCGAAACGCCGCAGAAGGAUCUUGCACUUGCCUGUGGCCCUGUACUGGGUAGCUCGUCUUGCAAGCCCCUUCCCAGCCUCGAAAGAGAUCUUUCAUCUUCCUUGUCCCAGCGCCCUAAACCCUCCCAUCAAAACCGGCUGAGCGGCGGGAACCGGAAGUGUGCGUACCUGGGACGGGUCCCCCAUGAUCUCCACCGGAAGUAGCCAUUGUUAAGGGGAUCCCUUCUUCGCUCAGUAUGGCGGCGAUUCCCCCUGACACCUGGCAGCCGCCCAACGUCUACCUGGAGACUAGCAUGGGGAUCAUCGUGUUAGAGCUGUACUGGAAGCAUGCUCCAAAGACCUGCAAGAACUUUGCAGAGCUGGCUCGGCGGGGCUACUACAAUGGCACCAAAUUCCACAGGAUCAUCAAGGACUUCAUGAUCCAAGGCGGUGACCCAACAGGGACAGGUCGCGGUGGCGCAUCUAUCUAUGGGAAACAGUUUGAAGACGAACUUCAUCCAGACCUGAAGUUCACUGGGGCUGGGAUUCUUGCGAUGGCCAAUGCAGGACCAGACACCAAUGGCAGCCAGUUCUUCGUGACCCUCGCCCCCACUCAGUGGCUGGAUGGCAAACAUACCAUUUUUGGCCGAGUGUGCCAGGGUAUAGGAAUGGUGAAUCGAGUGGGCAUGGUGGAAACAAACUCCCAGGACCGUCCUGUGGAUGACGUGAAGAUCCUUAAGGCGUACCCUUCUGGGUAGAGGUGAUGCUGUCUCGGGCACACCUGGUCUUCUAAGAUGCUCCUAGUGAGCCAUCUUCCGGAUGACAUAGAGUGCCAUGUGUUGGGGUCAUGCAUAUAGACUCUGACACCCUCUGGACAAAAUGAAGCAGAGGGCUUGUCUUUGGGGGCAUUUGUAUUCUGGUCAAUAGUCACAGACUUGGAAAGCAGGCAGUGUUGAGGCGCUAACUGCACAGCCCCUUCCAGCCUCCGGCGUGUGCUCUUCCAGGAAUAUGCACAGUUCUCUAUUCUCCCUCGGAGCCUGAGCAUCAACACUGCCGCUUCUGACACUAAACAUCCCAUGCAAAGCCAGUUUGAAUUUUUGCCAAAUGAAAAACGCAUCCAACAAUCAAAUUGCUAAGAUGUCAAGUGGGGAAUGAUAAUGUGUAAUGGUGGAAAAAUGGAUCUUUGAGAUGGAAGCAGAAGCGCUGGGCACUUGCCCCCGGGAAGGACGGGCAGUCACUGAACACAAGGCCAGUCCUUCAGGAACCUUCGCUCACACACAGUGACACCUUAGGGCUCUAGAGAAAGUAAGUAAGAGGUGUUUCUACAUGAUAUCUUUGUUUUUUAAUCUUUCUGGAUUUGCAGGGGCCAUGAGGGUGACAGGAAGGAUGUUAAUACUUUGAAAUACAUAGAUGUUUCCAGAAUAAAGUACCAUUGGUGGUUGAAA